AUGGCCACAGAGCAAACCCUCGGCUUUAUCGGAUGCGGAAACAUGGGUGGAGCCGUCCUAAACGGCAUCCUAACCUCCGCAUUCCCAGCCAACAGUCAACAACAAGACGUCUCGACAAGACAACCAAUAACCAACUUCAAAGCUGGCACAAAAACCGCCUCCUCAGCCCAACGGCUUCAAUCCACAAUCCCCAGCCACAACACAGACCAAGUAGAAAUCCUCUGGGGAGAAAACGUGCGCACCAUGCAAGAAUCAAACGUCAUCAUCCUAGGCUGCAAACCGUUCAUGGCGGAAGAAGUCCUAGGCGCCAAGGGCGUACGGGAAGCGCUAGCUGGGAAAUUGGUUAUCAGCAUGUUAGCCGGACAAAGUGUUGAGAAAUUGCUGAGGAUUAUCAGAAGCUCUGCAACUGAAAAUGAAACUGAGACUGAGACGGUUGAUCCGAUAAUCAUGAAAGCAAUCCCGAAUAUGGGCGCGCAAUUUCGUGAGUCGAUGACUAUCCUCGAAGAACCGGCCUCGAAUGUCCCUGCUUCAAUGGUCGAAACGACGGAGUGGAUUUUCAAACAGGUUGGUAUGAUUAAAUACCUACCGGCCAGUUUGACGGGGCUGGGGUCAGUCCUUGUUGGAGCGACGUUGGCGGCGUUGACGCUUCCCAUCGAGGGAUUACUGGAUGGGUGUGUGGCGGAGGGAUUGAAACGGGGCGAUGCGAUGGAGAUUGUGUUGCAGGGGAUUCGGGGGCUUUCUGCUUCGUUGGAGGCUGGGACGCAUCCGGCUGUGUUGAGGGAGAGUAUUUCUUCGCCGAGGGGGUGUACUAUUCAGGCACUUUUGAGUCUUGAGAGAGCUGGUGCUCGGAGUGAUUUUGCUGAGGCUAUGGUUGCGGGGAACAAGCAUUUGAGGGAGAAGAUGUAA